AUGAGGCUGGAGCGCGGCCGGCGGGCUUCUCUGGCACUCACCCUCAAUUUUUUGGCGUUUGCAUUUGCCCUGUCGGCAGUGACCACCAGCUACUGGUGCGAGGGGACCCGAAAAGUGCCCAAACCAUUCUGCACUGGGCCACCAGUUAAGGUGAAGCAGUGGUUCUGCAUCCGCUUCAACAGCUCCAACAUCAAUGACAGCCGGCUGGUGCAGUAUAUUUUUGAGACCGGCGAAGAGAAGUUCCUCAUGCGGAAGUUUCACACAGGGAUCUUCUUCUCCUGCGAGCAGGCAGCAGAUAUGAAUGGUAAGAAACAUUACCUGAACUUGGCUGAGGCUCUGCCUUUUUUUAUACCAAAGAGAAGAAAGUCAAACUACAAUUAGGAAGAACUGUGAAGAAUUGAUGCUAAUUUAAAGUAGCUCAUUGGGAGUGGUUAGCUCUCAGUGCCCUAAGGUUUGGAAUGAGCUCUUUCUUAAAAUAAAAUCACAAAUCAAAAGGAAUAAACUUUGAAGCUAAGAAACACACAUAGAAUAUGAACAGUUUCGCUUUCUCAGAACAAGACCACUUAAUUUCUAUUGUCAUUCUGUAGUGUUAAGCAUUGCUAACACAGCUAAUGCUAAUCAGAAUCAAAUUCAGAUUUUUCAGUUCAGGUUGUCAAGGAGGUUGUUGAACCACCAUAUAUGAUUUGGAGACUUAUGCAAGAAUAAACAUUUUCAGAGUGAUGGUUUGUAUUCCUAUCAGAAGAGUCAUUUAAUCUGUUGACCUCCAUCAAUAUGAGCAGCAGCUUCCCAGAAAUAAAAUCAUAAAACUCCAUAAAGCUUUGUGUAGUUCAUAAAUCCUCUUUUCUACCUGUCCUCUUUGUGUGGACUUAUUUGAAAUCAUACUUCAACGUUUGAGAAUAAAAAUGUGCACUCUUUAGGACCAACACAGAGACUGCUUGGAGACAAAGAGGUUGAUUUUAGAAAAGACAGACUAUUUUUACUCAAAAUAAUGUCUGUAUUUGUGUUAUUAGUCCUUGUUUUAAAGCUUUGUUUCGACUGUUCCUCUGGAUUAUUCUGAGUGAAACUCUACCUUAUCAUUAUAAGAUAUAGACUAUAACUGGAACACUAGCUUUCAUAAAUUUGACAUUAAAAUGUUAAAGUAAUUAGUACAGGUAGGGUUUUUGAAGAAAUGUAUAUUAAAUUGAUUUGAAUAAUGUCAAUGAAUAAUAUAAGAAAUUGACAGAUGUGGAAAAAGAAUAUUUUGUCAAAAGUUUGUGUUCCCAUGCUUUUUUUUUAUCUCAGGCUUCGACUGUCGAGACUUCUCAGAGAUCGCGCCUGAACAUGAGCGAGGUAAAGAAUAAAAGUUUGACUGUUUUUCUUUAAAAAUUUGAAAUAUAUAUAUAUAAAAAAAAAAAAAAAAAAAUCAGACAAAAGACUUUGGUCCUUUAAGUAUCAGCUCUAAAUAUGGCUGCUUAUAUUUAUUUGUUGCAAUAAAUCUGUCAAAAGAGUGGCUCCCCCGGUGAGGUUGGAGAACCCCUGGGGUGAAGUCACAUCCCACUGAUGGAGGCGCAUUCCAAAAAAUGUUUCUUUAUUACUUAAAAAAAAAAAAAAAAUCUUUUAUACACAAAUUUUAAUAUACAUACAAUAAUAGUUGUUACAUUUCAUAUAAGAUAAUGCAAACAAAGAUAAUUAAUUUUAACAGCCCCUCAUUGUCCAAGUCUCUGGCACUGUUGUUUUUGGGGUUACAGGCUAAUAACUUUAGGAACUCCUGAGUAAGACAUUUCAAAAUGUGACUGUCUAAGAAAAAAGUAUCUGUAGUGACUGUCAGGACUGAAGUUGAAAUAAUUUCAACCAUUUGUUAUAGAUGUUAACAGAUGUUAUUUUUGUCAUCUAUUUUAAUAAAAACUAAUUUAUUGUUACCUGUCACCUGUGUUACCCUGAACUCCUUUUUUUCACCUGACCUACAUGUGCCACUUGUAAUACCUGUGUUAUCUGUGUAACCUUUGUCACCUGUUUAACUCGGGCCCCUGUUUUACCGGUGUUACUAUUUCACCAUUAUCUGCAUUAACUGUGUUGCCCAUGGUACUUGUUUUUUGUUACCUGUGCUGUCUGUGUCACAUUCUGUAACCUGUGUUACUUGCGCCACAUGUAUAACCUGUGCUAUAUGUGUUACCCAUAUUAUCGUGGUUACUUGUGCCACCUGUGUUACUAUCUGUGUGUGUGUAACCUGUUUUCCGUUGUGUUACCUCCGAUACCUGUAUGACUUAUUUCCUCUCUGUUGCCUGUGUUUCCCUUGGCACUUGUUUUGCGUGGGUUGACAUAUCACCUGUGGUACCUGUGUUUUUGCCAACCUGUGUAAUUUUUGUUACUUCUGUUGCCUGUGUUACCUGGUUUUGGUUGCGUAAUCUUUCACAUGUGCCACCUGAACUGUCUGUGUAACCUUUGCCACCUGUGUUGACUGUGUUACAUUUCUCACACUGAUUAACUGUGCUGCCUGUGUUACCUAUAUCACCUAUGUUGUCUAUAUAUUAUAUGGGUUAUCCAUGUUGUCUGUGUUGCCUGUGUAAUCAUGGUUUCCUGCAUUUCCUGUGUUACCUAUGUUGCCUGUGUUUUAUUGGUAACCUGUGUUACCCAUGUUGUCUAUGUUGUCUUUGCCACCUGUGACCUGUGUUACCCACGGUUCUUUUUUUCCAUUGUAACCUGUGUGCAUUAUGUUGCCUGGGUUUCCUGUAUUACCUGUGUUCGUUUUUAUAUCUGUGUAAUUUGUGUUGCCCUUGCGACCUAUUCCACAUCUGAUUUCCGUGUUACUCGUGCAAACUAUGUUGCCUCUGAACCCUGUACUAUCUGUGCCACCUGUGUUACUUGUGUAGGUGUGCUGUGGUUGUGUAUUGUGGCAGAAAGCCUGUACCUCACCCUCCUGUUUGCAGGGGGCGCUCUGAUGGCAAUGGAGCAGUGUCCCUGUUUCAGCAUCAUGAACAAACUGAAGCUCAGUGCCUUCGCUGCCCUUUGCACAGCCCUCUCAGGUUAGACACAGAAAGCACACACUUACAUGGGUGUCUCUGUUAAAUAGCCACUUACUUUUGUUUAUUUGAGAUACAUUUGUCUGUUAAAUUUUUUAUGUAACACACACACUCGACUGUUUUAUUACCUGUAGACAGGCUGCAGCAGGUGUCUGUUAGUGUGAUUGACAGUAGUUACACAAUCACAAAAUCUCUGUUCUGAACUAAUCUCUACUGUAUGUGAGGGGACUUAACUGAGCACUAUACAAUGUCUGCUCCACCAAUGAGGGAAGUAAACAAUUCAAAUCUGUAGUCUUUCUGCUAGGUAGUGCUAAAUAUUCCUAUUUCUACACACUGUACCUUUAACUACCUGUGUGGGUCAUCUGUGUAAGCUCCCUUCUUGUGUCAGUUUCCAGUGUAAAUUCCCUGUGUAAGCUAACUGCAUCAGAAAUGCUAAUUAUCUUUAUUAUCUACCUACGUUAGCUAGCUACCAUGUUAGUUAUGAGCAAUAUCUGUGCCAGCUACAGUGUCGGUGUCAGUAAACUCUGUUAGCCGUGCUAACUACAUGUGUUAACUGUCUGUAUUAGCACAACAAAUGUAUGCAGACAGUGGGGGAUCAGAGGAAACUGUCACUUACAGAUAAUUUCUUCCUGGUUACAUGUUAAUGGUCCAGAUAACAGAAGUAAUAAUGAAACCUAUGAGAAAACUUUUUAAAUGCACGUUUGGUGUUACUUUGUUUUUUCACAAAUUUCCUUGUCAAGUAAUUUUUUUCAUAAAAGUUAAAUAAGUAUCAUCAGGGGAAGCAUUUCACUUAGGUUUCAGGAUGUCUUAUAAUAAUUUGUACUUUUCAGCCAGUGAGGGAUCCAAAACCACAACAACUUUAUUAGCAGGGAUUUAAACUCCACUGUCUCUUGUGAAAAUAUGUUUGCACUUCAGUAAGGGUGAGCUAAAUCACUCUUUAAAAUUCACAUACAGUUGUGUUGAAGCACUGAUUUCCACAGCUAGGUCCUCUGCUGUGCACUGUAUUAACUGCUUAGUAUUGAUAAUGGUGUUUAGAUAAAGCCUGUUUAGCAUGUUGGAGGAUGGAGCUGGCAAUUCCUGUAACAAAGAUGGGACCUUAAGGAAGAAGGGGCAAACAGGCUCAGUUACGCACAGCAACUGACCAUGCUGCAUUCACUGACCAUCCUGUAUUGACUGACUGUGCUGCAUUUACUGACUGUGCUGCGUUCAAAGGGGGGAUUUACUGCUUUCUGGACUAAUCGGAUUGGAGCUCAUGCAGUAGUUUGGGCUGAGCCAAGACCUGCCCAGAGGAGCUCCCUUCUGAGCACCCCCACUCCUGUUGUUAUGUGUUAAUCCCGAGGAAAGCAGCUGUGGAGAAGGAGACUGCUGCAUGAUGGAGAAAACACAGAGUUAACCUCACUUUUGGUUUAUCGUAGAAGCUUGAUUGGUUAGAUUUCAGUGUUCAGAGCUUUACCUACUUUCAUACAUUUAACAUCCGGCAGAAAGAUUCAGAGGCCACAAGAUAAACAGGAAGGGAAGUAAAGCAGAUAAAGAGACAGUUAACAGUUCACCGUGAGGCAACAUCAGAUAUUAAGUAUAUUGAGGAAAGAACACUUAACAACCUGAGCAGAGUUUUCCACGUCUGAUGAAAAAAAGUCAUUUGCAGCUGGGAUGAUGAGAUUUUCUUUACCUGAUAGGGAAGGUUUUGGAUUAAACAACAGGUGUGUCUGUGUGCUGACAGGUGGGAGAAAACUUGUCUGGAUAUUUAAAAAAUAUUAUUUAUUUUUAUUUAUUUAUUUAAUUUACUUAAUGUACCUCUUAAAUAAAUUUAUUCAAUUUUUUUAAGAGGGGAUAAAAGUUGUUUCAUGUUUUGAUUGUUUAUGGAUAGCAGAUACAAAGCAAAAUAAGAGAAUCUGCAUCACAGACAGCUCCCUACUGAGAAUCAGCUCCUUGGAAAGCUCCACAUCAGUCCAUUAAAGUCUUUCACAAGUAAACUAUGUAAUAAAUAAUCGUUUAUUCAAUGUGAAUAAAAAGACAUGCUUUUUGGUUUUAAAGUGGAUUUAUCGAAGAUGUUAAACCUCGUUUGGUGUCCUCAGGUCUUUGUGGGAUGGUGGCCCACAUGAUGUUCACCACCAUCUUCCAGCUGGCUGUAGCAAUGGGACCAGAAGACUGGAGACCAAAGACCUGGGACUACAGCUGGUCUUAUGCGUGAGUAACAAUAACUCAAAUCAAAAUGGUUUGAAAUCUGUACAUAAACAUGUAUUAUAACUCCUUUUAUGGUCAAUCAAUGAUUUCAAGUCUCAUUUGUGUUGUUUUGAUGUCAAAAAGAUGGCUGAUUGACAGCUUGGUUUAAAAAUAUGGGCUCCAGCUGCAUUUUCAACAGAUAAGUAGAGGAGAUGAGAAAUGGCUUUUGAAAACAUAACAAACAGAGACUAAACAGUCAUUGAACUUUGUAUUACCAUUAGUGUCCAAUUCCAGCCAACUGCACCCAGUUUUUUUUUUUUUUGGUGUCUCAAAUGUAUGUUUUUUGUUAGCAAAAGGGCUGCGAUGUCCAUCCCAUGACUCCACCUGCCACUGCUCAUGCCUUGGCCUCACUCGUGAAUUAUGUCAGCACCCAUCAAGACAGCAUUUUAGCUUCACAUCUCACAAUGGUUGGUGGUAGAGGAAUGUUGUUAAUGGUUGCAAACAUCGAACCAACAGUCAGAUAAUAAGCAGUAUGUAGAUCGUUGUGGGUGUAAAGAAGGUAACAUAUUGGUAUAUGGUUUCAGACACAGCUAGAGUUGACCAGAAUGUCUGACUUGUUCUCACAGGUUGUUUGAUCACUUUAGGUUAUUUAGAUGGACAGUUAAGUCAAGCUGUUGAGCUUGAACCAGGUAUCCAUUGAAUUAUUGUCAAGAGUAUGUCCACCUCCUUUAUGGUAGGUGCCCCCUAAAUCCUCCAUUGCAAUGAGGGCUAGAUCCCAGCUGACCAAUAAGUAACAUACCAAAAUGAUCAACAAACACAUAAGAAGCAAACCAGGUUGAAUGUUCAAUGGCUAAAGCAUCGUCAACUUUACAGAUGUUGACCCUGCAUAUAUGCAAUCUGUACCUUUGACGGCAUGGUUGACGGUUUGAGAAGCAGUUGAAAAAAUCUGAGCUUUUGAGGCAGAUUUGAAAAAAGCGUCCCAACCCCCACACACAAACCUCUCCCCUCUAUGCCCCGGAACCUGUAUCACCCUCCCUACGACACAGCCCCUCUGGCAGAGCAAGAAGUCGGCUGGCAGAAGAUCCUAUGCUAGCUUCAAAUAGGAUUCACAAUGUCAGAUCGCUAGUGACUAGCGUCAGUAAACACCAGCUCUCCUAGUGAGCACCAUUUGCAGCUGCCUGGACAGCUACCGUGUUGACAUUGCAGAGACUAAUCAGAGUUAUUUAUGUAACAUGUGCCACAAUAAAAGGCAAAAAUUACCUGUUCAACAAAAACUCUGCUGUCUCGGCGUCUGUUUUCAGGCCCAAAUCCUGGCAGAGCUUUCUCCACCACUCGAAGGAUGACUCGAUGUUUAUUCGAGUCAGAUUCCUUGCUUGGUCACAUUUCCUCUUCUUUUGUCGGCUUGUGUUUUCUUCCCACUUUUGGCGAUGGGGCAAGCAGAGGUGUUUUUUUUUUUUGCGUCCUUCUCCAUCACAGCUCCUGUGGCUAAGCUGCUACGCUACUUUUAGCUGCUCAGAGCUCUGAGGAGGGCCGGGAGAGUGGGAGGGGACGAGUCAGAAACAUGGGAGAGGGGUGUGUCGAAUACAGCAAGGUGAUUGGAUGGAGAGGUGGAGCAGGAGAUUGACCAAUAGGAGCUGUACGGGACAGAUGGCUCCUAUUGGUCAAUGUUUUUGCAGUCCUGCACCUGCUAGGGUGAACGUUUUUUUUCCAUUCUUUUUUUUCUUUACUUUGUGGAGAUCGCACUAAAGGACCAUGAUCGCCAUAUAAACAAGGUUCAUAAUAAUUACAGAUAUCUCCAGUUGUCAACCAUUUCUUUAACUACUUGCACUCCUUUAUUGUCCUCAGGUUGGCGUGGGGCUCGUUUGGUACCUGUAUGGGCUCUGCGGUGACAGCGCUCAACAGGUACACAAAAACCAUCAUGGAGUUCAAAUACAAACGAAGAAACAUUGAGAAGAGUUUGAUGAUCAAACAGAAGAUGAUGGAGCUCGAUCUGCCUGACCAAGUAUGGGACAUGUACUUGACCUCUGACCCUGCAGACCCCGAGGCUCCCCCACCUGACCCUCCUGCCAAUGGACUUAAACCGUCCACUGGAACCACGUAUGAGGUGGAGCUGGAGGACGGAGCAGAGACGCAGGGAGAGGCUUACUGCUGA